GGAAAAGGAGGCUUGUCACGUGAUUCGGCGACGGCAGCCAUCUUGAGAAGGUGGCGUUUGGGGCGUGGGCGGGAGCGUGGAAACUUAGGCCUUGAGAGCCUUCUUUUCGCCCUACCCCCUGCGCUCCUGCCCUUCCGACCUCGGCCCUUGAGCCUACUUCCUUUCCUGACCCCUGACCUUUGCUGGCUUCUAGACUGGGAUGGACUUGACCUUUGCCCUCGGACCUCCCUGUUGCUCCAGAGGCCGUCCCCAGCUCUCACGACCCCCAAACUUGAACUGGUUUGCUCAAAAGUCACCUUCCCCGGACCUGUUCUGGCCCCUACCCCUCAAACUCCCCAGGGCCUUUUCUGGGUCCCCCUUCUCUUUGUUCCCCAUCCUGACCCCUCCGAGGUUCUGGCCCUCACAAUGACCGCCCUGGGCUGCCCCCCGCCGCCUCCGCUGCCCCCUCCCCCAGCCCCCCCUGGCGGCCCCCCCCACGUCUUCGGCGUCGAGAAGAGCCGGCUCCUGAAGGAAGCCCUGGCCCUCGGACCCGGGCUGGGGGCCCGGGAGGACGUCAGACGGCUCCUGAGGCUCCGGAAAGACCGUUUCAGGAGCGAUUUGAAGUGGAUUCUUUUCUGUUCGGACGUGCCCUCCCUCAUCCAAGAAGGGCCUCAGUGUGGGCUGGUGGCGCUGUGGAUGGCGGGCUCUCUGCUGGCUCUCCCCCAGGACGUCCCCUUGGAGAGGAUUGUGGCUGUAGCUCUAGAGAGAGGGUACACAGCUCAAGGAGAGAUGUUCUCAGCAACAAACAUGGCCAGGCUGGCCGAGGAGGUCUUUGGGUGCCAGGUGGAGCUGCUCUCUGGGGGCCUGGAUGAGCCCAAUCGAUGCCACGUCCUCCAACACCUCGUCUCAGGCUGCCCACUGCUGGUCCCUUACGAUGAGGACUACAACCACGAGCCAUGUAAGAAGAGGGGGCACAAGGCCCACUGGGCAGUUGGUGCAGGCAUCCUGCUCGGGGUUCCUAGUCCAGCACUGAGCCCAGAUUAUGAGGAGGAUGCAGAGCUGAAGGGCCUGUUCUACCCGGCGUCUGACAAGCCCCCUCUCCUCCCUGAGGACCCUCCAGAGGCCAUCUACCUCCUCUCUAAGCAGGGCAAGAGCUGGCAUUAUCAGCUCUGGGAUUACGAACAACUUUGUGAGAGCAACCUACAGCUGACUGACCUGGCCCCAGUCAGGACCAUGGACGGCAAGGUGUACGUGGUACCUCCUGGCGGGUUGCACGCUGGCCUCUGCGGCCAAAGCCUGCUGCUGCGGCCCUACAACUCGGGCCGGCCCGGCAGUCUGCCUGCUCCUCAGUUUCCCUGUCCCGCCUGCCCCACGGAGGUGCUGGGAGGCCCAGAUGAGCUGCCAGGAACACUGGACCCAGAGACCAGAGGCUGAGUCCUAGUCCUGGCACCUAUCCCUGGACCUUAGUUCUCCCCUUGUGCGGUGGGGUGCAGUGACAGGAUGUGAGGGCUCAUAAACAGCCCUGCCGGUGUGAGAAGAGUGUCCUGCUGUCAUCAUUUUCCAUCUGCCAACUCAGCAUUCCUUGAGACUCCCCUCUGAAGGGAACUCAUCAGAACUCAAAACUUGUGGAAAACCA